AUGAGAGGAGCAGACUGUGGUAGUGACCAUCACUUGAUUUGUGGUAAAAUUAGACUGAAACUAAGAAAAGCAGUCAAGAAUAGAACCAACAAGAGGGAAAUAUUCGACACAGUCAAAUUAGAACAACCUGAAAUUCUAAAGAAAUUUAAGAUCGCGCUAAGAAACAGGUUUCAAGUGUUAGAAAACCUACAAGACAACAAGCCAAGUACUGUAGAAAGCUUAGAACAGGGAUGGAGUAGGAUUGAAACUGUGUUUAAAGAAACAUCAAGAAACACUCUAGGGCUCCGACAACGUGAAAGGAAGAAAUGGAUAAGUGAUGACACAUGGACUAGCGUUCAGCAGAGAAAAGACAUAAAGACAAAAUUGAACAGCACAAAAUCAGAACGAAUCCAAACUACUCUUAGGAAAGAAUAUUCAGUCAAGGACAAAGAAGUCAAACGUAAAACAAAAGCAGAUAAGGCAAUAUACCUAGAGACACUUCCUAAAGAAGCAGAGACAGCAGCUUCUAAAGGAGAACUUAGCACUGUGUAUAAAAUCACGAAAGAACUAAGUGGUAAGCACAUGAGCUCCAGUGUACCAUGUAAGUCCAAGGAUGGUAAAACACUAGCCUCAGAAAGUUUACAACUGGAGAGGUGGACUGAACACUUUAAUGAAACAUUGAAUGCAGAACAUCAGGCAGAUGUUCCAGUUAUAGAACAGUUUGGAAUGGAACUAGACAUCGAUAUUGGGGAAGUAUCAAGGGAUGAGAUCAGGAAGGCAAUACUUAGACUCAAGAACGGGAAGUCACCUGGCUUAGAUGCAAUAACAGCUGAAAUGCUUAAAGCAGACAUAGAAACAAGCACAACCAUGUUUCAUGAACUGUUUAAACAUAUCUGGAGGCAUGACACUAUUCCAAAUGAUUGGGCAAAGGGUCUUAUAAUCAAACUACUCAAGAAAGGUGACCAAAGUGACUGCAACAACUGGCGUGGUAUAACUUUGCUGUCAGUACCAAGCAAGAUACUACUGAGAGUACUUUUAAACAGAAUAGAUGAUGCUAUAGAUGAAAUUCUGAGGAAAGAGCAGGCAUGGUUUAGAUCAGGUAGAGGAUGUAUCAACCAUAUUUUUACAAUCAGAAAUAUAAUAGAGCAAAGUAUAGAGUGGCAAAACAAACUAGUCCUAAAUUUCAUAGACUUUUGUAGAGCCUUUGACAGUAUUAAAAGAAGUUGCUUAUGGGCCAUCCUUAGGGCAUAA